UUUUAGUUUUUCUAAGUCUCGCGAAUGUUCGUGACUUCAAAAAACCGGCAUUAUUGCUUCAUCAUAAACAAAACAACGCCAAAAAAUGACAGGAACCGUGCGAAUGGUGACGGAAGAUUCACAGUUCCAACCAGAACUGACCAACGCUGGAACUAAACUCGUCGUAGUGGACUUUUAUGCCACGUGGUGUGGGCCAUGCAGAAGGAUAGCACCACUUUAUGGGGAGCUGAGUCUGAAAUACACAAAUGUUGUCUUCCUCAAGCUCGAUGUUGAUCAAUGUCAGGAAACAGCCCAAAGCCAAGGUGUCACAGCCAUGCCCACUUUCAUAUUCUACAAAAAUAAAGUGAAAGUCGAUGAAAUGAAGGGAGCGGAUCCAGCCGCUUUGGAGGAGAAGAUCAAGAAGUGGAUGGGGGAGGGAGAGGAGGGGGCAGAUGAAGUCACCGUGAAGGGACAUAUGGACCUGUCCUCGUUAAUUAACAAGUCCGGAUGUGAGUGUCUUAACGAAUCUGAUGAGCAUCCUCUAAGUCAUGCCCUCACUACCAAGGGAGGCUACCUAGAAUCCGACUGUGAUGAACAGUUACUCAUCAGUGUGGAGUUUACACAAAGUGUAAAGUUACAUUCCCUGAAACUUUACGCCCCAGAGGAAAAUGGUCCAAAGACUGUAAAGAUAUUUCAGAACCUUCCCCGAUCUCUAGAUUUUGAUCAGGCAGAAAACAUGGAGGCUGUUCAGACGUUAGAACUGACCCCAGCAGAUCUGAAGGAAGGGACACUUAUACCUCUACGUUUUGUCAAAUUUCAGAAUGUUGGAAAUGUCACAGUAUUUAUCAAAGACAACCAAUCUGGUUCAGAAACCACACAGAUAGAUUACUUUGGUUUUGUCGGUUCUCCGGUAGACACUACAAAUAUGGCUGAAUUUAAAAGGGUUGCUGGCAAAAAAGGAGAAAGCCAUUGACAGUGGAUAUAUCUUAGAUUCUAUGGUGUACAGGGAAGGGGCUUAUACUGCAGGUGUAGGAACGCAUCUACUUUAUCAUCAAUUACAUCAUCUAAAACAUACGAUGAUUGGAUACUUAAUUUAAAGAAAUGAAGCGUAUGAAUUAUAUACUUCAGUAUGCUGUAGAACAAAACAAUAUGUAUGUUAAAACUUUCAAAUUACUGUGAAAUCAAAUCAGAGACUUGUAUUAAUGAGUUGAUGUGAAUUAUGACUCUUUAUACUGUGGACAUUUCAAAGACAAAAGUACUGUACACAUUUCGACAUAUGGCCUCUUGUAACAUGUAGAGUAUAUAUAUAUAGAUUAUGAAUCAUUUAAAUUUAUUAAGAUCUAUGAAAAUUCAAAUAUGAAAUAGAUAGAAAUAAUGGUGCAUACAUAAACAAUUAUUGAAAUAUAGUGAAAUGUGUUACAAUGUUUUACUCCUUGCGGUUUACACAUAUGUGCACCAAUAUUUUAAAUUAAUCUAUUCUGACACUUUGGAUUUGCAAUUUUGUUAACAGUGGAAGAGUACAUGUAUGUAUGAUUUUAAACAUUGCCUAGAAAUGUCAAAAAUUUUGAAUAUUGUUC